AUGGCUCCUCUUCACCCCUUUGACCCAAUCACACCCGGGGAGAUCCAGCUGGCUGUUCGUGUCCUGGAGGCUGCUUUCCCCGACGUCAAGUUGCGGUACAAGCGGAUUGACCUCCAGGAACCCACGAAGCAUGAGACCGUUCCCUACCUGGAGGCGGAGCGCCUCGGCAAGCCACGUCCACCAAAGCCGGCGCGUCUCUUGAUGGCAUUGUUCCAUCGUCUUGACAACGGAUCGUUCUACAAGGCAAUCAUCAAUGCUGAUUCGAAGCUGAUCGUGUCCGCAAAGGAACUGCCCAAGGACGUGCAAGGUCCCAUGGAUGUGGACGAAAUGAUGCAGAUUGAAGAAGUGUGCUUGAAGCACCCAGCAGUCCAGGCCGAGAUUGAGAAGCUGAAGCUCCCGGCCGGAAUGACCGUCUGCUUGGAUCCGUGGAUCUACGGAACCGAAGAUGCCAACGAGAACCGGCGCCUGUUCCAGUGCUACAUGUACAUUGUGGCGGUUGAUCACCCCCAAAAUAACCAAUAUUCCAUUCCUUGCAAAUUCUCACCCGUCUUUGAUGGCAUCACGCAUGAAUUGGUGCGCAUGGAUUACUUGCCUAGCGGAGCCGACUCCCAAACCACAGAGACGCAGCCAUGGAAGCCGGUCGCGCCCAUUCAAUAUGCUCAUGAGUUGCUGGAUGAGCCCCUGCGCACUGAUCUCAAGCCCUAUAUUGUGCAACAGCCCGAGGGGGCUUCCUUCAAUGUGGUCGGAAAUGCGGUCUCAUGGCAGAAAUGGCGUUUCCGUGUGGGUUUCAACAAUCGGGAGGGUCUUGUCCUCCACAAUCUCACCUAUGACGGUCGCAAUACCUUUUAUCGUCUUUCCUUUUCUGAGAUGACUGUUCCCUAUGGCGACCCCCGUGCCCCCUACCACCGCAAGCAGGCCUUCGAUGUCGGUGACGUGGGUUUCGGUAUCACCGCCAACCAGCUCGCUCUGGGAUGUGACUGCUUAGGUCACAUCAAAUACUUUGACGGCUACCGUACUGAUUGCAAAGGCGAGCCAAUUCAGUUGAAGAAUGUCAUCUGUAUGCAUGAGCAGGAUAAUGGCCUGCAACACAAACACACCAACUACCGUACUGGAGCCGCCACCGUUGUCCGUAACCGACAACUGGUGGUGCAGAUGAUCUGCACGGUGGCUAAUUACGAAUACAUCUUCGCUUUCAUUUUGGAUCAAGCGGCCAAUAUUGAACUGGAAGUUCGCGCUACAGGAAUUUUGUCCACCGUUCCAUUUGAAAACGGUGACGGACAAACGGUGCCCUGGGGAACCAACGUUGGACCGGGCGUGAUGGCCCCCUUCCACCAACACAUGUUCUCUCUACGAAUCGACCCUGCCCUUGACGGCUUCAAAAACACAAUUUACUAUGAAGACAGUGUGCCCAUGCCCGAAGACGAUUCCAACCCUUGGUCAGUUGGGUACACCACCGAGAAGAACGUGAUCAAGCAAAGCGGCAGCGCGUCCACGAGCGUCGAGAAACACCGUGUCUUCAAGAUUCGCAACGAUAACAUCAUCAACCCAAUCACUUACCACCCCAUUGCAUAUAAAUUAAUGACCAACCCCAGCCAAAUGCUUCUCGCCCAUCCUAAGUCCUUUGGUGCCAAGCGUGCCCAGUUCGCGACCCGACCUAUCUGGGUGACCAAGUAUCAGGACGACGAGCUCUUUGCUGCAGGUGAAUUUACCAACCAGAGCAAAAAGUCUGAGGGCUUGGAAGUGUGGGCAGCUCGAAACGAUAAUGUGGAGAAUGAAGAUAUUGUUCUCUGGCAUACAUUUGGUCUUACCCACAACUCUCGUAUUGAGGAUUUCCCCGUCAUGCCCGUGGAGCGGGUCAGCGUCAUGCUCAAGCCAGAUGGGUUCUUCACGAAGAACCCUGCAUUGGACGUUCCUCAAUCUUCACAAUCUUUCAACCACUCAACGUUGCACCCAGAGCCAAGCUGCUGUUCCGGAACUCAGGACCGGAGUCAGGUUAAGCUAUAA